UGCAUAAAGCACGAUAAGAUGACACUUGGACCUAAGAAGUACAAGAAUCACAAAUACUUCACUUAAUGCUCUCAAACAAAUAAUUGAAUAAAAAAAUCGAUCAUUACGAGUCUGGAUCUGCGAGAAACGACAAUGAACAGCUGUGUUGUGAAACUCUGCAUAUUUGUGUUCCUUACAGAGGGUACUCUGGGAGCAGAGAUAACCAUCAAUGUGAGGACUAGUGCUUCAGUUACAUGUGUAUGUUCCACAUAUGAGGAUUUAAGAAAGUGUUCCUGCCCUUCAUUAAAGAAUUGCCACAUACCUGUAUGUACGGGCAGGACAGAUCUGGUCUUUUCUUCUACAACCUAUAAUUUUGAGAAAUAUUUCAAGUUGUCUGAACUCCAGCACAGUGACUCAGGACUGUAUGCAUGCUACAACAUCUACUACAAAAGAAUUGGGCAAAAGUACAGAUUAAAUGUGUUGGAAGAUCAAGACCCAACUGUUGUGAUUGGGACUGUGGGACAAUCCAUAGUUCUAUCAGGCAGCAUUAAGCCGGACAUCAUGGCCGCCUCGGAGAAACACUGGUGCCGCUUGGACAAUGCAGAUGUCUGUCAGCCAAACACGGUCAUGGGUCCUGAAAAUGGACCCAGAGGGGAUUUCCAGAUCCUGGACACUGACAGCUCCUUCUCUCUGGAGAAACGCAACGUAACACACAACGAUUCAGGAUCCUACAGAUUGACACUGAUUUUUCCUAAUCAGACAAAGGUCUAUGUAGUGAAACUCCAGGUUAAAGACAAAGGCAAUCAUUUGCAGAUCAUACCUAUUCGAGAUAAGCCCAAGCUUGAGCUCACAUGCCAGUAUUCCCAGGAGUUGCAAAAUUUUUCGAAAUCUUGGCUAUGUGACAAUUCAGAGUGUCCCGACACAGCGAGGAGUGUAGAUGACAGAUUCAAGUCCGCCCUAUUGUUGACUCUUGAUCAUGCGCCUUGCUCAAAAAUUAAACAGUUCAAGUGUGUGGCAAAGACUUCAGGGAGCUAUGUAGAUUCCAAUGUUUAUUUUAAACCUUAUAGCCAAAAUGAUAUAGCAAAUUUUGACUUUCAUUAUAGAAAACCCAGAAGACUGCAGAUAUAUAUUUACAAACUGCUUAAACUCAGUUGUUAUAAUGCCAGGGAUUACGGAAUAUUUGGCAGAGUUUCAUGGCAUAACAAUCCUUCCAAACCUUCUUUGUGUAGAGUGAGUGGCUCCCGGUGUAUCACUGUAACGGAGAAUAUAAAAGAAUAUGAUGACGCAGCCAUAUUAGAAAUGUGUGUUAUGCCAAACAAUAAUGAAACAACAUAUCGCUGCACGUCCAACAUGGGGACUUCAACUGUUACACUUUCUGUUGUAGAAACUCCUGAUCAACGACAUCAGCGGAUUUCACCUUGGAGGCCUGAAGUACCUUACAUACCAAGCAGGGGCCAGGGACACAAUAUAGGCAUCUUAAUAGUAGUGGUCUGCAUAGUCCUUAUCAUCGGCAUUAUGUUAGUUACUGCCACCAAAUGCAACGGUCAAAAACUCAAGAGGUUGUUUGAAAGGAGAACACCACUGGCAGCAGUUGACAUCCAUGCAAAUAUGUAUGCUAACGCAAUUGCCCAAUACUACAAUCAGCGAUGUGAUGUGCCCCCACCUGAUAAACAGGGCGAAGGGGAUGACAAGGAGAUCUCCAGUAGCUCGGAUGAUGCGUUUGAGGAGUUGCCUGUUCGCCCAAAGAGGUCCUCCAUGAAGAAGGAAACCGACUACGUCAGGGUUAAACCUGGAGGAGCAACUCGGUCUCUGGAUGCCAAUGCUUUGCUAAAGGACAGCAGUGUGUAUGGUUUGGGUAGAAAAGGGGAUUACAAGGAGAUCUCAAGUAGCUCGGAUGAUGCGUUUGAGGAGUUGCCUGUUCGUCCAAAGAGGUCCUCCAUGAAGAAGGAAACUGGCCCAAAGAGGUCCUCCAUGAAGAAGGAAACCGACUACGUCAGGGUUAAACCUGGAGGAGCAACUCGGUCUCUGGAUGCCAAUGCUUUGCUAAAGGACAGCAAUGUGUAUGGUUUGGGUAGAAAAGGUGAGGUGGGAUACACCAGCAAGUCAAAGACAGACAAAGUGGUGAAAAAACAGGGUGAGGUCGGUGCUCAGAGUAGCUCAGGGCGCAGGGACAAGGAGGAUGACGAUGACUAUGAAGUCAACUACAUCAGUGUGACCAUCAAACCCAAACACUGACUCAAGUAGCUACAUGAACUGUAGGCGUGUUGAUGAGUUAAGAUAAUUGAAUUAUUGUUGGAUUGAAAUUUCAAGCUUUCUAAACAGGUAGGCCUGGCUCUCUUUUCGAUGUUGACCCUUAAAUCUCCCAGGGACCCUCAACUAGUCACGAUGUGCUGUAUGCAAAUUUGCCUUUCCUAGGCUACAUUUACACUACUACGUUUUGGUUUAAAAACAAAUAUCUUUCGCUACGUUUAUGCCUCACGUCCACAGUAUUUCUGAUCCCCUAAAACGGAGACAUUUGGAAACACUGCUGCCCUCGUUUUGGUUUGAAAACUCCGGGGUGGCGUUGUAGUCUGGACAGGCACAGACGGACACCUUUGGAAACGAGGAAGCACGUCCGUCAGUCUUAUCGGUUAGGUAGGCUUACAGUAACAGUUCCACCUCGUUGUCAGUCCAAGCUAAGAAAUCCCUGCUCUUACUUUUCACCAUUGUUGUUCUUUCUCCAAAGUAUUUUUUGUAUUUUCAACUUCUACAUCCAUGAUUUUCAACCGCAGAGUACGUCAGACAACCUGCUUCCUGUUGCCCGCCAUUUUUUGUUGUUGUAAUGUAGAUGUAGCCCUAGGACGGCCAAGGCAUGGCGAGCUACUCUGUCUCUGAUUGGCUAGUAUUCAAUGCAUUUGUUCGUUUGAUUGGUUAGAUUAAGGCAUGAGGAUUGAAAUUAGUUAAGGUUAGGGUAAGAAUAACAGGGUAAACCAAUCAGAGGCAAAUUAAGGCAGAGUAGGGUUAGAGUUAACCCGGGACAUGCCUCUGCCAUCCUAGGAAAUGCAAAUUUGCUCAGUUCUGUUUCCCUCAAAACUUUAGUGAACAUCUGCAGCAUUUGAAAUUGCAUUAUUCAGACAGCUAAGCAAUCUCAGUAGGACACGCUUUGAACUCAGGCUCGUACUCAGGAGGGGUAGAGUAAACACAGUGGGGCAAUGAGGCUCUUUCCAAGCGGACGUAGAAGUUAUUUAUUGCUGUCAGGAUAUAGAGACCAUUUCAAACACUAUAUAAAAAAGUGUGUAUUGGAAAUAAUUACCAAGCCUGCCUAUAAAAACACUGGGGAUUUUGGAGGAAGUCUCUGAUCUUGUAGUUUCCCAAACCACUAAAUGUUACUAAAUAGACAUAUUUUAGUACACUUUCAGUACAUUGAAAAUAUUAGAGUGACAUCAAAGGCCAUAGAGGUCUCAGUAUGUUCUGAUACAGGUCUAAGUCUGCCUUUUCUCAACUCGUGCAUCUCACAUCUCCUGAUGUCAGCUUGUUCUAGGAUGAUCAAAGUGCUCUACAUCGGAACAUUUUCUUUACAUAGAAGCAUUUAUGUGUACAUUAGUUAUGUAUUAUCUGUCAAUCCUUUUGCAAUUUAAUAAUUUAUAUUAUAUAUUUCAUAUGUGUUACAGGCUGUACCAGUGUAAUGUACUUUUUUUUUUAAGAUGAUUUUUGGGGCUUUUAUUGCCUUUAUUGAUAGGACAGAUAAGAGGGAGAGAGAGGGGGGAUACAUGCAGCAAAGGGCUGCAGGUUGGAACCGAACCUGCAGCCGCUGCGACAACAACCAGGCGCCCCAGUGUAAUGCACUGUUAGCCUUGUGUAUAAAAUGUGUUCCACAAAGAGCUAUGCCAUAAUUUGUCACUUCUACCAUAAUUUGUCACUUCUUAUACCUUAAGCUUUUGUCUUUUUGUGGAUACUGUUUGAAUGUAAAGGAACUUUGUAAAAAUUGUGAAUAUUUUUGUUAGAAAUAUUAUUUAUGAGCUUUGAUAAAACAUAUAAUGCAUUAUAUAUAUAUAUGUGCCUGACACUGCCUCAUACAAUUUAAAGGGUAAUUUUGGUAUGUUUCAACCUGGACCCUUU